UGAUGUUUGAUCUGACGCCAUUAAAACAUAUUUUUAAAGAAAAACGUACGGUUUGAUUUGGGUUUGUCUUUAGAACUUGGGGAUUGGCCCAAGCGGAGUAAUACCAGUUAUUAGAGAGAAGAGACAUACCGGUAUAAAUCCCAACAUAUUGCGAGAUAUGCUUUAAUGAAUGGCCAUUUAUAUUUGAAAAAGCAAUACUGAAGCAAUGGAUGCUAUCCUGUGUAAUUGUAUAAUGAAUUACUGUGAUGUUGUAAUCCACUUUCCACUUCCCCAAUUGCUGGAUUAUUUUCUGGUUUUAUCUCUUGGGAUGUUGUUGUAGAUGUUAUAAUUGAAAUGUUCCUCUUCUUAUUGGAGCAAGGAUGUGGAGCUUUGCAUCCAAUUGUAUAGCUGGGAAAGUCGGGCCAAAAACGGAUACUUUGAAGGGAGCUGAGGAUGCAGAUUGCUCAGAUGAUGAAGUUUCUUCCACCACAAGUAGAGAAGAGGGACUAGAGUGUCCUAUAUGCUGGGAGUCCUUCAACAUUGUUGAAAAUGUACCCUAUGUUUUAUGGUGUGGCCAUACGCUCUGUAAAAAUUGCAUUCUUGGACUCCAAUGGGCAGUUGUGAAGUUUCCUACCUUACCACUCCAGCUUCCACACUUUAUAGCUUGCCCGUGGUGCAACUUAUUGUCCCUGCGUCUCGUGUAUAGGGGAAACCUAAAGUUUCCUCGUAAGAACUUCUUCCUUCUGUGGAUGCUUGAGAGCAUGAAUGGCGAUAGAACGAGGUUACGUUCUGCCUUUUGUGGCAAUCAUCAGCCAUCCUGGUUGUCGGGUUCAGGUACAGCUUUAGUGGGGAAUUCUGGUAGUGGGAUUAGUCUCCGAAGGAGAUCAUCCACUCGACAAUCAGAAUCAUCAGAACCACACCACGAUCGAAGUCGCACAGAGGAGGAGGGGUUUCUUGCUAUUGAGUGGCUGCAUUCCUCUCUUAGGAAGUUACUUAUUUUCUUCUUUCAUCUGACAGCCAAGUUCCCCUUGGUGGUCUUGUUCCUACUUAUCAUCUUGUCCGCCAUACCGGCCAGUGCAGCUAUCUUGGCCCUGUACAUGGUUAUCACUAUUGUGUUUGCCUUACCAUCUUUUCUCAUUCUGUACUUUGCAUAUCCAAGUUUGGAUUGGCUAGUCAGAGAAAUAAUCACCUGAGAUUUCAUUCAUUCUUGCUGUCUUGAUUGUCAAAGCCUUCUAGUUCGCCCCGCUUCUGUUUAAUCUUGUGGUGAUCUGCUGCUAUUGAUUCCCUCAAAACUUUGCAUAGAAUGAGAAAGCUAUAUCACAUGAAUGACUUUUUUUUUGCUU